GGAAUCCUGAUUCCGGAAAUCCUUUCCCCACCCAGACAGCUUCCUGCCGCCAAAGUUAAUGAACCCCACAACCCUUUCCCUCUCCUCCUUCUUUUUCCCCCUCUUCUCCUCACUAAAAACACCAAAAAAAAAAAAAAAUCAACAUUAUCACCUUCAUUCAUUCCCCAGAUCAGAUCUGACUUCUCUAUCUCUCCACAAUGGGAUCCCUCCCUCCGCCGCUCGACCUCCCAUCGCCGUCUUCCAAGAAGUCUUCGGAGAUCUCCCAAUCCACCCUCUUCCACCUCUUCAAGUCCCAGCAGGAUCACCUCAAUUACUUCUUUCAAAACCUUGAUCUCACCCAGACAUUAGCAUUCACCCACGCCCUCCUCAAUUCCCCCGGUACCAUAUUCUUUACUGGUGUGGGGAAGUCCGGUUUCGUUGCCAACAAGAUCUCCCAGACCCUUGUUUCUUUGGGGAUUCCUUCCGCAUUUCUCUCUCCUCUUGAUGCCCUCCACGGCGAUAUCGGUGCCCUCUCUUCGAGGGACAUCCUCGUUCUGUUCUCCAAGUCUGGGUCAACGGAGGAGCUUCUGCGCUUGGUGCCCUGCGCCAGGGCGAAGGGGUCGUAUCUCAUUGCAGUUACGUCCGUGGAGAGCAAUGCGCUCGCAUCCCUCUGUGAUAUGAACGUGCAUUUGCCGUUGGAGAAGGAGCUGUGCCCUUUCAAUUUGGCACCCGUGACCUCGACCGCCAUCCAGAUGGUGUUUGGGGACACGGUGGCGAUUGCGCUGAUGGGGGCUAGGAACUUGACCAAGGAGGAGUACGCGGCUAAUCAUCCGGCUGGGAGGAUUGGGAAAAGCCUGAUCUUCAAGGUAAAAGAUGUUAUGAAGAAGCAGGAUGAGCUUCCUGUUUGUAGGGAAGGAGACUUGAUAAUGGAUCAGCUCGUGGAGCUGACUAGUAAAGGAUGUGGGUGCUUGCUCGUCAUAGAUGAAGAGUAUCACUUGAUUGGCACAUUCACUGAUGGUGAUUUGCGUCGGACUCUCAAGGCCAGUGGAGAAGGUAUAUUCAAGCUAACAGUGGGCGAAAUGUGCAACAGGAAACCAAGAACCAUUGAUCCUGACGCAAUGGCAGUGGAAGCCAUGCAGAAGAUGGAGUCCCCACCAUCACCAGUCCAAUUUCUGCCCGUGAUAAAUCAACAAAAUGUUUUGAUUGGCAUCAUUACAUUGCAUGGAUUAGUCUCAGCUGGUCUUUGAUCAAUUAAAAUUUUUCGUAUGUGUUUAGUUGAAUAUCAAGAAGGCUACUAUUCAUUCAUUACUAUAGGUUAUUUCUUUUUAUCCUUUUAGAUUCUGAAUUAACUCUCAUGGUAGGGGCAUCCUUUAUACCUGUUAUUAAGCAAGUAUUAAUGAAUAUGUGAUUCAUUAUUGGAUGAAUCGAACACUUGAUCCAUGAAACAAGCCAAUCUUAGUAUUUGUAGAUGCCGUAUGGCUUAUAAAUUAUAUUGUUACAGAAAUGAAUAUAUGAUUCAGUGCUAU